UAAGAAGAAAUUAAACCACAGAUAUGUCUCUGAGGAACCAUCUCCUAGCGUUACUCCUCCUUGGAGUGGUGGCUCUCACCACUCCCACCACCUUAGCCGAUUACCACAAGCGUCCCUUCUUUGCAAAGCCACCAACGCCUCUUCACAAGCCUCCUCCAAUAGAGAAGCCACCCAGUCCAGUUUAUAGUCCACCGGAGAAAGAGAAACCUCCACCAACUCCUGUGUACUCACCACCCAAGGGGGAGAAAUCACCACCGAAGUACAAGCCACCAACUCCUGUUUACACUCCCCCCAAGGUGGAGAAACCACCACCAACUCCGGUGUACAAACCCCCUAAGGUGGAGAAACCACCACCACCCAAGGGCGAAAAACCAACAAGUCCUGUGUACACACCACCCAAGGGGGAGAAACCACCACCCAAGCACAAGGCAGGUCCUCCAUACGGUCACCCUCCAUACUACAAGCCUCCACCCCACGGCCACCCCAACUAAGUGACUUGUACUAGGUUACUUGACAUGGGUAAUCAUAGAUAGAAUAAGAGGUACUGCCUUUGGUUUCUUACUAGUUGCUACUUACGAUAGCUAGUGUGGAGAAAUGUUGUAUUUGUAUGGGAUGAUGGAGCUGAGAACUGUCAUCUGCAGGUAAUGUAAACCAAUGGUACACAGUUUUUAUAUGAAAUCUGCAUUCUUAUAUCUUCUGUGUUGUUCUACUUCUUCCGUCAUUCUAUCAAAUUAGUAAGAGUGUCAAUGUAAGACGUACCAUUUCCUUUCUGGUCAAGAAUUA